AUGCUUUCGGCCGUUAAACAACCAACAUUCUCAUCACGUCAAAAUGGUCCAGGUCCUUCAAGACAAAAUAGUCAAGGUCAAUCAACAUCAUCAUCAUCUAUUUUGGGCUCCUCUCCUCACUCUAGCAAUCAUCCACAAGCUGGCACAUCAAGAGAAGGAAUCUAUAGCCUAAGGAAACAAAUUGUGAAUGAACAAAGACAAUCUCAAAGAUUUGUGGCUGUUACGUCAUCCUCGUCUUUUUAUUCUCUUCGAAGGCAACCUUAUUCGUUACCUGCACGAGGAUCGAAUAAUCGUAAGACGACAUAA